AAUACAUCUGUGCAACAUCUGAGCUUCUGCGGUGCUUUUGUUGACUUCGAAAAUGUGCGGUUACGUACUUACCUAGAAAAUAAUCUUUAAAUGAUACAAUUUUACUUUGGAAUUUCCUUUAUUGAAGUGUUAUCCGCAUUAGUAUUUAGAAUCUGUCCGUUUACAUGGACCAGAAUGACGAGUUCAAACAAGCAAGUGAAUGUUUUAUUGCAGAGACUGAGCGAGGCAGAGCAGAGAGCAGAAUGUCUGAAAUUGGAAAUCAGGGACAUCACAAAUGAAAUAGUCAAUUUAAAAUCAUUAUUAACCACACCUAGCCAUAAUCUGUUAAAAAAUAAUCAAGUGUUUACUUCACGUACCUCUAAAACAGCAACCAAAAAAAAGAGGGGCACAGAGGAACCUGAUUUGGGUUGUGGAGAUUCAAAAAAACAAAGAAAUGACCACAAUUUUGAAUUUGAAGAUGAUUAUGUGAUUGUAUAUACGGACGGUGCCUGUGAGAAUAAUGGAAAAGCAAAUGCAAAGGCUGGAAUUGGAGUAUGGUUUGGAGAUGGAAAUCCACUGAAUAUAUCCAAGCCCGUUUUUGGAAGGGCCACUAAUAAUACUGCAGAAAUCCAGGCUCCAACUGAAGCACUGAAGCUCCUGCGAGAGUUGGGUUAUAAAAAAGCGAAAGUAUUAACAGAUUCACAGUUUACCAUUAACUGUAUAACAAAAUGGAUACAUAAUUGGAAAAGAAAUUCGUGGAAAUUAUCUAGUGGCGGGCCAGUAAAAAACAAGGAGGAUUUGGUUAAGUUGGAUAAUAUUAUUCAACAGUUUGAACACGUAAAAUGGGAAUAUAUAGCGGGGCAUCGUGGCUAUAAAGGGAAUGAAGAGGCGGACAAACUGGCUAGAGAAGGAUCGUUCAGAUAUAAGUCACAUUGAUUUAAAUGUCAUCGGAAUCCAAUAAUAAUUUUGGAACAUUUUUUUUUACUAUUGCGUAAUGUGUUCGACCAUUUUUUUACCAUGUUGAAUAUAUCUGUAAUUGAACUCA